GUACAUCAGGGUGAGCCUUUGGGGAGAAAUGGAGCUGGUCUAUUCGAAGAAGCUCGCUGCCGAAGCAAUGAAGCUCCCGCUCGAGAUGGCGGAAACGGCAGCAACCUUCUCUGAGAAGAUCGUGAACUUCGUCGUGGGCUUCAUCUUUGCCAUUUUCUUAGGAGUGCUCUCCUUUACCGUGGGCAUCCUCAUAGACAUUUUCCUCAACCUCUUGCCCACCUUGGUUGUUCUGGUGCCUUUGGGCCUCGGACUUGGAACUUGGGCCCUGAAGAGCCUGCCCGCCUCCGUGGCGGCCCUUGCCGGACCGGUUCUUGGCAGG